UGCAAUCAGCUGCACCCUCUCCCACCAAUACUAACAGACAGCCUCGCACUCGAUAGUAAUACCACCCUCGCUGCAUCAAUUGAUGAUAUAGCAUACCCACAUCCAUCAUGCCCGAGGACGACAAAUACGAAGUCCUGGAAAAGAUCGGCCAUGGCUCGUUCGGCAUCAUCCGAAAAGUCAAGCGCAAGACCGACGGCUAUAUUCUCUGCCGGAAAGAAAUCUCCUACUCGAAAAUGUCCCAGAAGGAAAAGGAACAGCUGCAGGCCGAGCUGUCCAUUCUCAAGGAGCUCGUCCACCCCAACAUUGUCCGAUACUACGAGCGCGAACACCUGAAGGCCUCGCAAGACUUGCAUCUCUACAUGGAAUACUGUGGCAACGGCGACCUCGGUCGCGUCAUCCAGAACCUCAAGAACAAGAACCAGUUCGCCGAAGAGGAGUUCGUCUGGUCCAUAUUCUCCCAGAUUGUAAACGCCCUCUACCGCUGUCACUAUGGGCAGGACCCGCCGCCAGCAGGCCAGAACGUCAUGGGUCUUGGUGCCGACGCCAAACCUGUGCGGGACCGCAACGGGAGGCCCAUGAUUCUGCACCGGGAUCUGAAGCCGGAAAACAUCUUCCUCGACCACGACAACUCCGUCAAGCUCGGUGAUUUUGGCCUGUCCAAGAUCCUCCAAUCUCACGAUUUUGCUUCCACUUACGUCGGUACUCCCUUCUACAUGUCGCCUGAGAUAUGCAAAGCGGAGCAGUACGGACCCCACUCCGACAUUUGGGCGCUGGGCUGCAUAAUAUACGAAAUGUGCGCAAAGCAGCCGCCUUUCAAUGCUAGGACCCAUCUCGACCUCAUUCAGAAGAUUCGCAUGGGGCGUUACCCGCCCAUCCCGGCCGUAUAUUCCCCGGAGCUCAACAAGGUCAUCGCGUCUUGCCUUCAGGUCUCGCCCACGAACCGCCCAGACACAGCACAGCUGUUGAACCUGCCAAUCGUGAAGCUGAUGCGCAAAGAGCAAGAAGUGGUCAAGAUCAGCCAGGAGUUGAAGGAUCAGGAGACGAAACUGAUCCAGAGGGAGAAGGCUUUUGACACAAAGGUCAUCAACAUGCGCAAAGACAUCAACGACCAGCUCAGGCGAGAGUGGGAGGUGAAAGCGCAAUUGGAGAUCGAGAAACGAGUAAAAUAUGAAGUCGAGCGGAGAUACCAGAUCGAAUUCAGGAAGCUGCAGGACACAUUCGAAGCAGAAGUCAAGGCACAGGUCGAGCGGGCAUUGAAGAAGUACCCGGCUCGCCCAAGCACGUCGCCGAAGCUUGCUCCUCGCUCAAACACACCAACACAGUCUACGGAGCCGGCUGUUAUAUUCCCUGCUAAUGGCGACUCGAUCAGCACAUCAGGCACCAACUCUGAUUGGAACAGCCUUACCGACAUUUCUUCGCUCUCAAUUGAUGAUUCAAUAGACGACGUCCUGGGUACAAACGGCCAUGGCGUUACACAAGAUGCUCGAGUUCCUGUCGGCAACCAACUACCGAAGAAGAGGUCUCGAGCUCCACUCACCCGGGCCAGGACCAUGGCAGGACCUGUCAGCCAACCACCACCCUCGCCCAUGGACGUUCAGAUGGGUGAGCCAUCUCCCGCACCAGCAUCUCUCGCGGUCAGCGGCCUCUCCCUGUCCCCUCGUCGCGAGAGACACUCAAGUAAGAACAUUUUCGCAGCAGCAAAGGAAGCAGCCAAGAGAUGGGAAGGCGAGGUCCCGCCAUCACCAACUGAUGAUGAUUGGAACGCCGAUCUCGACGACGACGAUAUUCCUGCCCUGCCAUCGCCAACUCGUUCGCGUAGCGGUUCAAGUGGUCGCAAGUCUAAUGAAGACCCUUUCAAGACACUUGCAGGGGCCCAGAAACCUCUGCCGCGGCCGACAGCACGCCUCGCAACCGCUCCAUCAUUGGCACCUGGCGGCCAAAAGCCCCGUCCACACUCUACCGUUCCCAUUGUAGCCACUUCGCCUGCCCGCGCACGCUCAAAGCCGGAGCUCAGCAGCCCUGCUCGUAGAGCAGCGGCCAAGCAAGCUGAGACUUCGGGCAUGCUCAAGAAGAAGACACCAGCGAAUGGGGCCCGCCCACUAGGCCGGACGCUCGUGGAGCUCCAGCAAGCGCGUGGGAUCCCUCAUGCUUUGAGCGAGGAUGAGGGCAAGCGCGGCAUGCGAACGGGGAUUAAGAGUCCCAUGAAGGCCAGAAGCGCGGUCACGGCCAGAGAGUUGAAGCCGGCUGUCGUGUGGAACCCAGAAGAGUGCGACGAUAUGCCCAGUCCCUUCAUUGUGAAGACCAAGAAGUUGGUCAUGUAAUGGAGGAGAUGAAGCGUUGCUACUACUAUCAAAGGUAAGCAUUGUCAUUCGCAAUACCCCUUUUUGUUUACUGCGCAUGUACUUGGCGUUCAUAUAUCCAACACGAAGGCGGUUUUUGGUUCAGGCGUUGGUUUCGAAACGCCCUAAUACGAUAUGAUGGAUCACGAUCGGCUUGAGAGGACGGAAGUACGAGAGCAGAAGCAACCAGGGGCGGGUUGAGUGGACUGCAUAGAAACGGAGUACGGUGUCUGCACCAAGGUGCGCGGGGACGAGGAUGAGGAUGAGCGAGCAGCUGCACAUAUUGCUUGUCGCAUGUUGCGUCCUGUCUGACUAUCUCUUCCCUAUGUCAUUUUCUCAGCGGCAUUGCAUCGUCUUGGUAUUUCAGUGGCACUUUACAGCCUAUCUUUUGGAUAGACAUUUUGUUUACGGGCGGACAUGGAAGGGCGUUGGUGGGAUCACUCUUAGUAUAUCGCCU